AUGCUAGUUCUUCUUGUUCCGACUACCGAAGUCCUCCUCACAUCGCGCGACAAAGAAUCAAAUACUUCGUACAUCGACCUCAGCGGUUCCGAAGACUUCCUUGCAAGCCAUGUGCUGCGCGUACCGGGUGGAGUGGGGCCGAACAAUCAUGUCAAGGACUCGGGGAGUUUCAGGGAAACGCGGGGGAAGGCGAAGCAGUUUACGACCGCAAACGGUCGGACGGUGAUAGUCAAAGAUGCUUUCAUCUACAGCAAUAAAGGUUUCAAGACACUCAACCAAGCGCAGCUAUUGAGCGAUACCAUCUUCUAUCCCGACUCCUUCGAUGCGCAGCCCUGGCUCGUAUACUUCAUAUCACGCCCCCUCAUAGGGACUUUUGAUGCGAAUCCAAUAAUACCGGCUACAAUACAACCGAGACAGGAUGCAGGACCAGGGCCACGACCGGGACCAGGACCGUCGACUGCAGCGGGUCCAUCUGGAGGUGCCAGCUCGUCCAUGCCGCGGAAGAAGGAAGUCAAGUCCUUUAGCGACCUGUUGAACCAUUUCCCCAUGAUCGCACGCCAGAUGCAACCAGGAUUGGAGAGGCUGUUCAAGGAGUUUGGCAAGGAGCUUGAGAAGCCCUUGCCAGCGACGCCAUCACAGAGAUCGCGGCGGUCAUCGAUGAGUUCACGGAGACGGGGAUCAGUAUCCUCAGCGGGAACUACACCUUUAUCUCUACAUAGCACCAUGUCUCACGGUCCAAACGGCUUUGUCUCGAAUUUGGAGAUCAGCGACGAGGAGGAUCAAAUGCGGAGAUCGCUAGAGACGGCAGUAACAGCGGCCAUUGACCUCUUCCAGAUGGUAGACAAGCAACAGCUAUCGUUAUUGGGCGCGACAACCGACUUGACUGGGCCCAUUGUGGAGCGCAUGAUCGAGCGAUACAUAGCCGAGCAAGUACACCAUACGAUUCUCUUCCCACGAAUACGAGAAGUGCGGCUCCUAGAAGACGCAGAUCUCGAGCGCCGCACGCGACAGAUGGUGGACAUUGAUAUAUCGCAGGUCGGAAUCGAUAUCGGUCAUGGUCGCAAAGGCAAGCAAGAGCUAGCGAUACGACUUUCCAAAGCUGUCGAUAUGUUCAAGAAGAUGGGUGUUGCGGGCAGUCCACAAGAGAUGCUGGAAAUCCUCCUUGGAGUACAGAAGCACAUCACAAUGCCGGAUGAAUCGCAAGCGCAGGCUAUGACAAACGGAGAGCAAAUUUCGGAGAAGCAAGACCAUCUUCUCACCAUCAACGCGGAUACACUCGUCUCACUAUUGCUUAUAGUGGUGAUAAGAGCGCCAGUACGGCAUCUACAGGCACGACUGUCGUACAUGCGCCACUUUAUCUUCAUUGAUGAUGUGGAAAGCGGAGAGAUGGGCUAUGCACUCAGCACAUUCGAGGCGGUUCUUUCCUACCUGACUACAGAUUCAGGCGGCCUGCGAAGAGCAAGUAGACGGAAUCGGGCGUUGUGGCAGGCCACAAAAUCUGGUGAUCUUGCUACAAUGCAAGGUAUACUGGAGCCCGAUAAAUCGUUUCACGCAGAUAUGGACAGCUUCUCAGAUGAGAGCGAUACCCCACCAAGAAAUCGUCAACUCAGAUUUGCCGCAAGUUUGUCUGAUUUACAUUCUGUAGGAGGAACUACCCUGAACGGCGACGAGGAGUUUUCUUUGCGACGGCGAAGCCCAUCUCGUGACAAGAGUGCGCAUGAAGAUGGUCCGCUGGCACACAUCUUCCCCUUCCAGCGCGCUCAAACACCACCACUACCCGGCAGACCAAAGAUGAAGAAGAGGGUCUCCAUGGACACUAGGAGUAUGUCGAGUGGCUCAGCACGAUCGUUUCGAUCUCGUACAACCCUGGAUUCCCGGGUUAGCGCUAUUGAAGGCGAUGUUUCAAUAGAGAAGCUCACCAUGACACAAGGACCUGAUGGCGAAUCGGUGUUGAUGAUGGCUAUCGAGAACACACAGGACAGAGCACUGCAGUAUCUGCUCAGUCUCACCGAAUACUACACUCCGUCCCACAUCUUCGAGGAUUACAAUAAUGAAGGCACCAAUCUUCUAAGUGCAGCCAUUCAACUCGGCCACGCUAAAACCACGGACACGAUUCUCAACUAUAUCUUGGACAACAGCCCAAGCCCCCAGGCACUGGAGAAUUACCUGUCGAAACCAGACGCGAAGGGUAGAUGCGUGGCACACUAUCUUUUCAACCAGCCGCGACUUAUCGACCGCAUUGGACAUCUUCUGCCUUGGCGGCUGAAAGACAAGAAUGGCCAAACACCUGUUUUUGCACUUUGUCGAUCGUACGACCAUGACGAGUACCACGACAUGGUCGAUAAGGCACUACUGGCCGCAACGCAGGAACAGGGUGAUGGACAACCGCUUCAUUUAGAUGAGCACGUUGAUAACAAGGGCAACAGCCUGCUACACAUCAUUACCGACCCUCAGCUAGCGGCAAAGCUGCUGUAUCGCUGCGAUUCGGAUGCCAAUGCGACAAAUGAUCGACAAUUUACCCCACUCAUGGUAGCCAGCAAAUACGGUCGAACGGAUAUGGUACGGGUACUCUUCCAAGAUCCCAGAGUGGACCUGUCUUACAGGGACGCUCGUGGUCUCACUGCUGUCGAGCUAGCCAAGGACGACGAUGUUCGGAAUCGUAUCGACGACCUAGUGCUACUGUCAAACGAAGCUGGUCCGGAUGGGCGCACGACUACUGUCGUUCGCUCUUUCUUUGUCGAAGAUGGGACUGUACGCCUUGUGCUGAAAUCUGGUGCGCCUAAUGAUAACAAGACCAUCACCGUCACGACGUGUCGAAGGUCGUCACAAGACUUUGAGAAUCUCGCGAAGUGGCUCGCACAAGAACACCCUGCAUCCUGGCUCCCUGUCAUCCACAACCUAGCGUCACCUUACUUGAUCCCCUCCAGACCAUCACGAUCCAUCUUGCGCGACAUGCAACUCCGCCUCGACGCAUUCCUCAAAAUACUACUCCGCCACCCCACCUUCUCCACACACGAAAUGGUCUGGGAAUUCUUCCUUGUUCCAGACAUCGACUCGACCAUGCUGGCCGAACGCUCAGCCCGCAAAGCCGAACUCCGCGUAGAGCGCCUCCGCGAAGAAUACGCGCCCAUCUACGACGUCCGCGAGGUUGAACUCUUUGUCCAGCACAUGCGGGAAAACAUCCGGGCUCUGCACCACGCCAGCCGCUCCGUGCUGCGACGCGCGAACAAAGUGCGUUCAGCGGCUUCUGAUCUCAACGAUGCUGCGAAAAUAGCAAAUACCGCGCUCCAUUCGCUUACCUUCUUACCGGAGAAACAUUUAAAAGCACUAGAUCGGUAUACGCAAUGCUUGAAGCAGAGUGACGCUAGCCCAAUGUCCGGUUUCUACUACUCCAUGCACGCCAUUUCCAGCACUAUAACCGCCAUCCUGACCGCUUUAUCACGGCCCUCCGUUCUCAUCAACUCCAUGUCCGCGACACAGAAAGCUAUCGAUCGGCACAACCUUUCCGUGCGCCGUUCGGAUCGCUGGCCCCUCGGUCUUCUAGAUGAUGCGAGAAGUCGGGUUCAGCGCGAUGCGCAGGACAAGAUGGAUAGGAGUAAAAUUGAGCUGGAGGAUUUAGGCCGUGAAUUGAGGUACACACAGCAGGUUGUUGCGCAGGAGUUGGCGAGUUGGCAGGAGAAUAGAGUGGAGACAGGACGUGCGGCCUUGAAAGAAUUAGCGCGCAAGAUGGUUGUGGUGGAAAGGGGGAGGUUGGAGAGUAUGAGGAGGGCGGUUAGGGGGUUAGGUAUUGGUGUCGAGAAAGGGGGUGUCGGGCGCGGGGAGCAGGUCAACGGUUUUGUCGUCAAUGGUCUUGGAGACGGUCAUGGUGCUUUGGGUGUUGUGGAGCCAGUUUCCACGGUUGAACAAGGCAGGUUCCACGACGUCACGGAUGAAGAUGUUGAAGAAGGUCCGGGUGCUGUGGAAGACCCGGAGGUUGAGGGUAUGGUUCUGUCAAAUGGUGAGGCUGCGGCUGAGGACGCACCGCCUGGGGAUGAGCUGGCGCAGGAGUUGACUGCUGCAACGAAUGGUGUGGAGGGGGAAUGA